AUGAUGCAGCAAUUGUUCUUGCUCUGUCUCUGGUUGGUGGCUAUCGAAGCAUUGUCACAUAAACAUGAAAAAUGCGGACCGAAUUCCCACUUUGUCAGAUGCGGAUCUCCGUGUCAUAAAAAAUGCAACAAAAGAGAUAAGAUAACUUGUCCAAAAAUUUGCUUCCGAGGAUGCAUCUGUGAUCAGGGUUAUAUCCUAGAUGAUCAAGAAAAAUGUAUUAAACCCGAGGAGUGUCCAGCUCCCCGAUUAGCCCGAGCAGCACAGGGCAAAAAGUGCAACCGUAAUGAACAUUAUACGACUUGCGGUACAGCAUGCGAACCAACUUGCGGCAAACCAUUAGCAGACAUGUGCACGUUGCAGUGCGUUCCAGAUGUCUGCCAGUGUAAUCCCGGAUUU